AUGGCCUCCCAGCCGCAGGACACCCCCAGCUCCGCAAAAGCCCAGAAUGAGGGCGGGAAGACAGUGCUCCAGAGAAGUGACGUGCAGCUGUCCUUCGUCCUUACCCGCGACGGCGUGCAUCAGCCCCGCAAGGUGCCCUGGGUGACCCUGGUCAGGGCCUAUGGCCACUUCAAGCUGUCGCUCUCGGAGGCGAAGCGGGGCCGGCAGCUGGCCUCACUUAACCCCCUGGCCUUGGGCAGUGACUCAGCACAGCCUGAAAAUCAAGCUAUGUCGGAGAAGCUCCAGGGUGAGAAGACGUCUUGGGGUGACCACGAGCCCCUCUCCAAGGUCCCGUUUAAAAUUAUGAAGGGACACCAGCACAUUGUGAGUUCCUGUCACUUUUGUGUGGAUGACACAAAGCUCCUCAGUGGCUCCUAUGACUGCACCGUGAAGCUGUGGGAUGCUGUGGAUGGAUCCGUCGUUCGGAAUUUUAAGCCCGAGCCUGGAGCUCCUGUUUUAGAGUGCAGUGUCACGGCUGACAGCAGAAGAAUUGUUGCAGCAUCCUAUGACAAAACAGUGAGGGCUUGGGACCUGGAAACAGGCAAGCUGCUGUGGAAGCUCAGUCAUGAAACCUUCGUAGUUUCCUGUAAGUUCUCCCCUGAUGGUAAAUAUGUGGUCUCAGGCUUGGAUGUGGAUCGUGGAAUCUGUAUAACAGAUGCGGAAGACACCACCACCGUGUCCCACAUCAAAGAUCAUCACAGGAUGUCAGUUACCUCAUGCUGCUUUGACCCCGACAGCCAGAGGGUGGCUUCUGUCUCGUUGGACAGGAGCAUCAAGAUAUGGGACGUUACAUCCCAGGCCACGCUGCUCACCAUCACCAAGGCGCAUACCAAUGCAAUCUCAAACUGCUGCUUUACCUUCAGCGGCCAUUUCCUGUGUACAAGCUCUUGGGAUAAAACCUUAAAAAUAUGGAACGUCCAUACUGGGGAGUUUCGAAACCAGGGAGCCUGUGUGACUCUGAUGCAGGGCCACGAAGGUUCUGUGAGCUCCUGCCACUUUGCCAGAGACACCUCUUUUCUCGUGUCUGGAGGGUUCGACAGGACUGUGGCUGUCUGGGAUGUAGGAGAAGGCUACCGGAAGCUCUCCUUGAAGGGCCAUAAUGACUGGGUGAUGGAUGUUGCCGUUAGUAACAACAAGAAAUGGAUCCUGUCUGCUUCAAAGGAUAAGACCCUGAGACUAUGGAAUAUUGAAGAAAUGGACCAAAUUCCUUUGGUAAUUGAGUACAAAAAGGCGCUGGGCUUAAAGGUGAAACAGUGUGAAGAAUGUGACAGGCCUUUCUCCAUCUACGGAAAUGACAUCUUUCCUGAAACAGUCACUAAAUGUGUGUUCUGCCGGAUGGAUGUAAAAGACUUGUCAGCAGAGGCCUCACCAUCAUCAGAAGGGGAGGACUCACUGGCAAGGGAGUGCAGCCAGGGGGAGGAUGGCUGA